AUGCGCGCCGUCCUCCUUCUCCUCUUCGCCGGUUACGCCGUGGCGCAGGGCGCUGGCCCUCCCGCCCCCGUACCAACGUCAACCAGCUCGAGCGCUGCGGCCCCGACUGCUGCCCCGCCUCCAUCGAGCAAUUCACAGGCCGCGCCCCCGGCGCAGACCACUCCCCAGAACCAAGAAUCCACACCUGUGGCGCAGUCGUCCGCCCCGCCCACUACCACUUCCUUCAGUGGGCCCGCGACGUUUGUCUUCGCGUCAAUCGCAACAGCGACGCAGUGCGUUGGGGCGGGCAUCCGUUGGGAUCUGAGAAACGCUGAUAAGACAAAAUAUGCUGUCGACAUGUACGCGUUCAACAUUGGGGUCGACCAGUCUAUUCCUCCCGCGCCUAGCCCCUCGUCAUCAGCGGCCACCCCGGCCAACACCCCUGCAGCGCAGCCCAGUAGCAGUAACAACGCCACUCCGGCAGCCAACACUCCCAACGCAGCACCGGCCGCUUCCGCUGCAUCCCCCGCAGCGCCUGCAGCGCCUGCCAACCCCAACCCUCAAAGCAGCAACCCUCCCACAACACAGGCCGUCGCCGGUGGCGGUGCGGCCGCACCGCCUGCCAAGCGCGCAUUCGGGCCAUUGGACCACGUCAACCCAAUGGUACGCGACGAGCAUGUUCAGCUCGUCGCGCGCGCCAACAUCAACGCGACGGUCGUAAAGGGCUGGCGCACCAACAUCCCGUACGACUGGGUCGUUGAUGUGCCGCCUGGGCGUUACCGUAUCCUGGCGAUUGUCAACGACGAGGCGCGUACAUGGGCUGAGUCAGCCCCAUUCACAGUCAUCGCCGGCACAAACACGACGUGUGUCAAGGACACGCCGGACGCGUCCAACAGUGUCUCGAGCGGUGCGCCUGGCAAGACGUCAGGUGCGGCAGGCUCAGGCAGUGAAGAAGCCGGGUCUAAGAAGUCUGGCCUGAGCGGUGGUGCCAUUGCGGGCGUCGUCAUUGGUGUUCUUGCGGGCGUGGCGCUCGCGAUCCUCGCUUUCAUAUGCUUCCGCAAAGCUGCGCGCGAUAAGCGCCGCGAUGCGGGCGGCCGCGAGCCCCAGACCCCGAUGCGUAACUUGAUCGGCGAGCCGACCGACUUCCGCAAGACCAAGGGUGCGCGCGCGAGCAUGGGCCACGCGCUGGCUGCAAUCGGCAUUGGCGCUAACCGCGGUGGCGGAGUGGAACGCGCUGAGCGCGGUGAGAAGCCCUUAUUCCCUGCGGUUCCGCGCAUGAGCAUGGGCAAUCGCAGGGGUUCGGACAUGACCACUGGGACAGACAACCCGUUCGAGACGGCGCCCACGACGCCAGUCGAGGAGAAGACGCCGAGCCACACACCCGGCUCGUCGUUCGGGACUUCGAUCCCUCCCGCCUCGGCGCUGGCCGCCGGGGCUGCGGCGCGCGAAGAGCGCGACAACCACCUCUGCCCGCCCCGCUCGCCGCCCCGCGGCGUAUACGACGGCAUCGACGAUGAGCCAGACACGUUCCGCCCCUCGACACCGACGCCGAUGCGCCUCCCUCCUUCGCAGGUCCCUGCAAACCUCGCCCCAAGCUCUGUGGGCACAUCGCCGCCCGGCGGCUCGCCAGUGGGCACGGGGCCAAACACGCCCGUGACGCCAGGCUUUGCCGGACGCGCAUCACACCUCUCGCGCCCAUCAGCUGGCAGCCUGCACGACGCAGUCGACACUCCAACGACAACUACCACUCCCUCAGUCCUCCCACCCUCGGCGUUCCCCGCGACCCCUUCGUCGCCACCCAGGGUCGUCGAGCGCAAGACGUCGACGCGCCGCAAGCCCGUCCCCAGGCUGACGGACGAGGACGUCGAGAGCCCAACCCAGGCUGCCACCUCGAGCCAGGGCCACACUUCUGACUCGAGCCCCGAGCGGGCGCUCAAACUCCCCGAGACCAAACCUAUUGGCGGCGGGCCUGCCGGCGACGAGUUCGGGCUCAACGCCGCGUUGGCGGGCAUCGAGCAUUCGCAGAGCUUUACGCUCAUGCCGGAUCCCCCGCUCCAGCAGAAUGACCAGCGCUAG